AUGGGAGCGCAAGAACAGGACCCGGAGACCGUUUCGCGGACCUCCAGUCGUCGCCGCGUGCCGCAGGUCAACGACUAUAAACUCCGUCGACAAUCGCAAGAGAAGCAGGACCGGGAGACCCAGCAGGACAGGUUAUCUGAAAGGCGUCAGAGAGAACAGCAGUCGCAAUAUGGGGACAACAAUCCAGCAUGCGUCCCCCCGGCUUCGAUGAGCAUACGUCCGCCUGCUAAACCUGUUCGGACCAUCUCCGUCUCGACUCCGAGCGGAGAAUCGAAGAGGGUCAAGGAAAACGAAGGCGACGAGGACAGGGACGCUCGGCGGAGCAAGAACGAUGUCGGGUGGCGAAGAGUUGUGCGCAAUUUCAGUCCAUCCUGGUUCUCCGUAACCAUGGGCACGGGAAUCGUCGCCAACCUCCUGGAAGGCAUGCCCUACAAUGCUGCCUGGAUCCACUGGCUCUCCAUCGUCUUCUUCGCCCUCAACACCGUCCUCUUUUCCCUCGCCUUCCUGACGUCCAUCGUACGGUACACGCUCUACCCGGAGAUCUGGGGCGUCAUGAUCCGCGACCCCAUCAACUCGCUCUUCCUCGGCACCAUCCCCAUGGGCUUCGCCACGCUGAUCGAGAUGUGGGUUCUGGUCUGCGUGCCAGCCUGGGGGCCGUGGGCCGCCACUUUCGCGUGGGUGCUGUGGAUGAUCGACACGGUUGUCGCGGCGGCCGUGACCCUUUCGCUCUCGGUGCUGGUAAUGAUGCAGACGCACGAGCUCAAGUCUCUCGAACGCUUCACGGCGGCGCAGCUGCUCCCCAUCGCAGCCACCAUCGUCGCGGCGGGGACGGGAGCACGCGUGGCGGAGAUACUGCCGGACCCGCAGUGGGCGCUCGGAACCGUCAUGACGAGCUAUGUGCUCUGGGCCAUGGGCACGCCCAUGGCAUUCGUCGUCAUUGCCAUGUAUUUCCAGCGGCUGGCGGUGCACAAGAUGCCGCCGCGCGAGGUCAUCGUCAGCUGCUUCCUGCCGCUGGGCCCGCUGGGGUUUGGCGGGUUCGGAAUCAUGUACCUCGGCAAGGUCUCCCGCACCGUCUUUCCGCUCACCGACACGCUCGAUCCAACCGCAGGAUCUGUCGCGUACGUGCUCGGCUUCUUCGUGGCGCUGAUCAUGUGGGGGUUCGGGCUGGUGUGGUUCUUCAUCGCGCUGGUGUCCAUGUGGCAGGCGCGGCCGUUUCCGUUCAACAUGGGCUGGUGGGGCUUCACCUUCCCGCUCGGCGUCUUCGCCACGUCGACCAUCCAGAUCGGCGUCGAGAUGCCGUCGGCCUUCUUCAAGGUCCUCGGCCAGGUCUUCAGCGUCGCCGUCAUCUUGCUGUGGUGUCUGGUCGCCGCCCGCACCGCCCGCGGCGCAUGGUCUGGGAAGCUGUUCUUUGCGCCUUGCUUGGCGAAUCUGAAGAAGGAUGGGGAGGACGAGGGGAUUGGUGGGGGAGGCGAGGCGGAGAGGGUGAGCGCUGCGGCGUGA